AUGCCUGCCACUACUACCUCCCCCAAGAAAGCGCCGAAGUCGCAACUCGAGGACUUUCUCGAUCGCGCAAAGAAAGCCAAGAUCCACACCGAGGAAGCUGGCUCCGAUAGUCAGGCAGAGGCCUGGGAGGUUGUCAAUGAAGAUCACGAGAAGAAGGUGGCCGAGGACAAAGAUGAGGAGACAGAACAUGGAUACUCAGAGCAAAGAUUGCACGGAGACUCGACAUAG